CUAGGUGCUUUUGGUAUCUUCAACAAUCCCGCUUCCCAUUCGCUCGACACCGUCUCCUAAUCUAAACAGAAACGAUGCGCAUGGAGGGGUCCACAUAUGGUGUAUCAUUGCUUUUGGGCCCUUGCUGUCGAUCGGCCUUGGCACUACGUGAAGCCAUGAUGGCAUGGCUAGGCUAGCACUUGGCUGUGAGGUUAAAUGUUACAGACAUGCACGGUGACUUCUCAAGUGCAUUCGACACUUGGCUUCAUUUCCAUCAGAAUACCAUAUAUAGUACCCCACCGGGCUCCACCCUGUGACCGAAGCUCAAGCCCUCCAAUACCGAAGCAACCGAACCGCGGAACAUAUAAUAGACACAAGCAAGCACAGGCGCCCUCCUCAUCUCAAAGUGCACCGUACGGUCUAGGAGUCGAAUAAGCCAUCAUCACCCACAGCCAAAUCAGCGGAAAUGUCUGUCCACGAAAGCAGCCUCACAACCCGCGAUGUCCUCGACGACCAAGUCUUCUCCAACACACUCAAAAACUCCCGACCCCAGAAUAAUACACGAUCCGACAGCUAUCAAACAGAACUCAACACUCGUCGUAACUCCCUCCAAGCCAAAGAUGUCCUCCCAGAAUCCCUCAUCAACUCCCCACCACCCACAAUGACCAAGUCAGAAUCCUGCCAGCGCUGUUCCGGAGAAGGCGAAGUCGCCAAACCUUGUGGAUAUUGCAAAGCCACGGGUACAACCAACAGAGCACAACCGUGUACCGAUUGUCAAGCGGAGAAGUAUGGGUGUGGGAAUAUGAACUGUGAUACAUGCCACGGUGUCGGACGUGUGAUUGCCCGUGGCGCCUGCGAGAGCUGUGGUGGCAGUGGGAGUGGAUUAAAACUCACCUGCGGUGAUUGUGGAGGGAGUGGGAGUGGAUCACCCGAGACUCGCAGGAGUAGUACCGGUUGUCGCUGUGGUUCGAUCGACGAAUAAAUGAAUGGAUGCAAGCAGUAGCGUUGGCGAUGAUGAUGAUACGACUAUGACUUGGGCGACGAAUUGAUGAUUAGCGACAUGGGUUUUUUUGCUUCUCGUAGCGAUGUUUUAACAAUGACUUGGGUGGAAUAGAGUAGAUGAGAGUAGAGUCAGAACAGCUGGAUAUUCUUUUCUGAAGACAGAGCAGUAUGAAGGAGACCGUUGAGUCAGUAGCGUUCUAG